CCCACACCCCCUGGAGCCACUGUGUACUGCUGUGCUCUUACCCUCUGCUCUGUAUAUAACCUUCCCGAAUGCCCCUCCUCUAGUCUAUCUUUCUUGACAACAACCCACUUCACCCAUAACCCAAAACUCAAACCCAACCUACAAACUACAACAGCACUCUUCAUCAUGGCGCCAAAAGUAGCAAUCGUCUUCUAUUCCAUGUAUGGUCACAUACACAAGCUGGCCCUUGCCGAGCAGGAGGGUCUGAAGAAGGCUGGCAUCAAUGCCGACCUCUACCAAGUCCCCGAGACGCUGCCACAGGAAGUCUUGACGAAGAUGUAUGCUCCAGCCAAGCCAGACGUGCCCGUAAUCACACCCGAGAUUCUCGAGACCUAUGAUGCAUUCCUCCUUGGUAUCCCCACUCGUUACGGAAACUUCCCAGCACAGUGGAAGGCCUUCUGGGAUGCCACCGGAAAGCUUUGGGCAACUGGCGGACUUUGGGGUAAGUAUGCGGGUGUAUUCGUUUCCACCGCAGGACCUGGUGGCGGACAGGAGACCACGGCCAUCUCCUCCCUGUCCACACUUACGCACCACGGAAUUAUCUACGUUCCUCUCGGAUACAAGCCGGCGUUUGCACAGAUUUCGAACUUGGAGGAGGUCCAUGGAGGCUCCCCAUGGGGUGCUGGAACCUAUGCGGCAUCCGAUGGAUCCAGGCAGCCAACAGCGCUGGAGCUGGAGCUUGCAACCAUCCAAGGCGAGAGCUUUGGAGCUACGCUCAACAAGAUCAACUUCUAAUUACGAAGUGUCUCUUCUAAAAUAACAGUCAGACAGGGUAAGAUCUACCAUCGACCUGUCAAGACAGUGGAACGAAAGUGGAUUGGGUUUACAGCCCAUCAUAUCUGGCUGGAAGAACAAUGGAAGUUGCUCCUGUGUUUCGCAGAUUACAUGUUCUAGUCUCUCAAGAAACAGUUUGCCGGGAUUCACUUGAGUAUCUGUAUUUCUUCGCUGUGAAUAGCGGCGACCUUGGUAGGUAACAAACGCGAUGGCAACAACCCCACCAUGCCCGAAAUAGACUAGUGUAAUCGAUGUGAAGGCAGC